CUUUUUAUGCACUUGUGGGAUUGUACUAUCGCUUCCGUGAUAAAAUUUGCAUUAGACUGGGAUUUAAAUCAGCCCCUACUGUAGAGGAUACCACCUCAAUUUUUCUCGGAGGUCGACGUCUUACAUUAAUCCCGAUUACUGCUAGCGUAAUGGCUAGCUUUAUAUCGGCCAUCACUUUGAUGGGGACCAAUCUUGAAAUAUAUUCCAAUGGAGUUCAAUUCGCUAUCAUUACCCUUUCAUAUUUUGUCGGGUUUCCUAUAGCGGCUUUUUUCUACAUGCCAGUUCUUUAUAAAUUGGGUAUUACGACUGCUCAUGAGGCAGGUUACUACCUUGAAUAUAGAUUCAACAAACUGACAAGAUUUUUAACUACACUAAUAUUUUUGCUCCAGAUGUGUUUUAUGUAA